AUGAUUCUCGAUCCGAAUCUGACGUUGGCCGAGAAUGCGCCUCAAAAGUAAGUGCUUUUGAUUAUAAGGGUUGGGAUUCGAAAAAUUUUUAAUAGGUUUUUGGUUGAUUUUUUGCUGGUUUUGGUGGAUUUUUCGUUGUUUUUGGUCGAUUUGGCUUGUUUUGGUCGGUUUUUUGAAACUUUCUUGUAGUGUAAAGAAAGUUUAUACAUUACAAAAUCAAGAUAAAGCUUUAGCAGUAACUAUAUAGUAAAAGAAUUGACUCAAACCUUAAGGACAAACUCUAAAAACUAAAAUUUUGCCGUUUUUUGGCCGAUUUCCACCUGUUUUCAACGAUUCUUUGAAAAUUUUUUUACUUUAAAGAAAGUCUACACGUCACAAAUACAAAAUAUACUAUUAACAAUAACUAUCCAACAAGGUUACUCACUAAACAAUCAAAAAGACUCCUAAAAACGAGAAAUUUGGAAGUUUUUCAAGCGAAAACUGAUAAGAAACUAAUAAAUAAAGUAGAAUUUGAACUUGAAAUACGCAAAAAACAAACGUCCAAAGUGUAGUCGAGUUUGUAUUUGAUACGAAAUAAGCAGCUCAAAAGAACGAAAUGAUAAGGGUAAAUUCUGUCAUGGAUAAUAUAAGUUUUAAGGAAAUCAAAUGGAUUACAAAGUAUAUGGGUAAUAUCAGUAUGCAUUUAAUUAAAAAUAGGCUUAAGAUUUGUGAUUUUUAAGGAGAAAUUUAUUUUGCAGGCAUUUACAGUGGUUUUAGUAAUUUUCAAGAUUUCGUGGCGGGACUCACAAGUUUUAUUACUAAUCACAAAAAUCCCGAAUUAUAAGUCCUCUUUUAAUAAAAUGCAUACUGUUAUACUGUUUUUACCCAUAUACUUUGUAAUCCAUUUCGUUUCCUUCAAAUUUAUAUUAUUCAUGACAUAAUUUACCCAAACUCCUUAUCAUUUCAAUUGUAAACUCAAAACAAAAUUCAGGUUGUCCGAAUAUGGAUGAUCCAAAAGAUUUAAAGUUGCGCGCUUUGAAUGGCUCAUCCAUACUCUGACAACCUGAUAACAAUUUAAAAAAGUUGCGAUGUACAGAAAAUUCAUUAUAAAGGAGUUUUUUAUAGUUUCAAUAGAUUCGAGUAACGUUUUAAUGUUUUCCAAAAAUCUUAAAAUUUGUUUCACAUCACUAGCCAAAAUCUGUAAUUCUCGUGAAAACCGACUGCCAUUUUGACUCACAAACAACGUGAAACAUAAAUUUCGAAAAAAAGCGGAAACGACCUCAAAACACCGCAAAUUUGAAUGAUUGAGGAUUUGUUCGCUUUCCGUUGGGCCGUUUAAAUUUGGGUAAAAAGCCAUGACAGCUUUUUGAUUUUUUUGCGACGAAAAAGUUUUAAAGACAGAGGUUGGGAUUUGUCCAUCAUUUUUGGGAUUAAAACAACAAUAAUAUGAUUGAAAAUGGGCUAAAUUUUUAUGGAUUUGAUGGGCGAUUUUUUGGAUUUUAUAAAUGUUUGGAACUUGUUGGUGUUCAUAUACAUUUGUAAUGUAGUGUUCUUAAUUCUUACUGCGAUAUAUCGUUUUUUACUGCAAUAUAUUACUUUUUACUGCAAUAUACAGUUUAUCUCGUUAUAAGAAACACGAAAAAUGGCUUGUUUUUUGUGUUUCUUAUAACAAGAGUUGACUGUAUAUAGUACAAUUACAGUGUAUCUCAUGUAUAAAAAACUUCUGUAAACAAAAAUCUCGUUUAAAGAACAAUUUUUAACAUUCUUCAGCAGGGACGUCGUUUGGGGGAAAAUUUUUUGCGUCCCUCCUCCCCCAGAGAAAAUCCGUAGCGACGUUCCUGCUUUUCAAUGCAUUUAAAACUCCUGUAUAACGAACUUUUGUUUAACGAAAACCACGUAUAAAGAACAAUUUUUAACACUCAUCAGUGCAUUUCAAACUCCUGUAUAACAGAACUCAUUUAUAACGAACAAAUUUAAAAUCUCCGAGCGAUUCGUCAUACUGAGGUUCUACUAUACAGUUGAACUCCUGUAUAACGCAUUGGUUGAGAGUUGUAAAUUUAUUCGUGAUAAAGGAUUUUUGGUAUACAGGGGUUUGAAAUCCAUUAAGAAGUGUUAAAAAUUGUUAUACGGAGUUUUUGUUAAACAGGAGUUCGUUAUACAGGAGUUUACUGCAUCAACGAACUCAAAAAAGUUUUGAAAAAAAUUGAAAUUUUAAAUUUUGAAUUUCAAAAAAAAUUUUUUUAAAUUAUUUGAAAAUUUAAAAAAAAAACGAUUUUUGAAAUUUGUCGAAAUUUUAUCAUUUUGAUUACUUUGAUACUUUUCAGACGGAUGGGUGUAAAAUUGGAUAAAUCGUCGUCGGAAGAUUCGAAUUUCACGAUGGAUCAGCGCAAAAUCAUGAUCAUGGUGGGUGCUGCAUACUGGUUCGUUAUGACAGUGUUAGUGGUACCGACGGCUUGUUUAUGCACAUUAUUCGUUGUUAUCUAUCCAAUUAUGGGCAUCGUCUGGCUUUUUGGGUUAAAGUAAGUGGUUUUGUAAGGUUUUUUGAAAGGUUUUUCAUAGGUUUUAGCAGUUUUUUUUGGAGAUAUAGGUAUGGUAGCGGGUUUUAAAAUUAAUUUUUACUUUUAAAGUUCUAAUUUUUACUAAUAUUUCAUUUUUAAUUGGGUUGCAAUACAAAAAUAAAAAAAUUGUAAGGUGUGUUUGCAUAGCGCAGUGGGUAGCGGUUUGGGUUGACGUGCGGAAGCAUGUGAGUUCGAAUCCGGUUGGAGAUAAGAGGUUUUAAUGUUGUUUUUGGGUCUUCAAUUGAUGUUUUUGUAAUGUAAAGUUACUUUAGAGGAUUUAAAAAUUAUUUUCUUUAGUUUCGAAGUUUUAUAAAUUUUAGUAUUUUUUAUAAAAAAUCUUGAUUUUUCACUAAAAAGUAAGUGUUUUCACUCAAAAUUUGCUAAGUUUGGCCAAUUCUUUUUUUCAAAAUUACUAAUUUUUCAAAAUUUUUAGUAAACAGAUUGUCAACGACGUGGAGCACUGGAUUUGUCAGCUGGUGAACGACCACUGGGUGGCAGCGGGUCAAUAUACGGGUCUGACCAUCACCGAGCACGGCGAUGACAUUACCAAGAUCUCGGACAGUCGAACACUAUUCCUAUGCAAUCAUCUCGGUCUGGUCGAUCAUUUUUGCUUGAUGACGGCUUUUUUGGAACAAGCCUGGAUUGGCUGGAAAGGUAAUUUUUUAAAUUUUGGGGGGGGAUUUAUGGUUUUUGAGAUUUUGAAUGAUUUUUGGAUAUUUUUUAAGAAAAAUGACGUUUUAGAGCGGAUGGGGCAGUGAUACAGAGAAAAAUGCCAUUUUUAGCUUGAUUAACGAUUGAAAAUAACGUUUUUUUGAAAAAAGUACGAAAUGUUGGCUUACUUUUUCCUGGCCGACUUGAUAAAAAUGCUAUUUUCUUGGUAUGACAUUGAAGAACAAAGGGUCAUUUUGGUGUGACAAGACUGAGAACAAAAUGUUACAGUAGAUUUUUGUCAUUUUAAUUUUUUUUGGAUUUUAGAAUUUUAAAAGUUAAUUUUUUUGUUAAACUUUUUGGAAAUUUUUGACUUUUUUUGAAAAAAUGCCAUUUUUAAUGUUAUGUUUGGAAUGAAAAACAAUAUUUUUGGCUUUAAUAGAUUAAAAAUGUUGUGUUGCAGUACAUGUGGGUGAUAUUCAACAUAUGGAAGUGGACGCCGCUUGGAGUGAUGUGGACAACACACGGCAACUUCUUCAUCAACGGCGGCCGAACCAAAAGAGACGCGGUCCUCGAAGAGUUUGA